AGGCGGCGGGCUCCUCCGGGACCCGCGAUGUCGCGGCUGAUUGUGAAGAACCUGCCGAACGGGAUAAAGGAAGCGCGCUUUCGCGAUCUCUUUGCCCACUUUGGCACGCUGACUGAUUGCUGCUUGAAAUUCACCAGGGAGGGCAAGUUCCGCAAGUUUGGGUUUAUCGGCUUUCAGUCAGAAGAAGAUGCCAAAACUGCGUUGGCUCAUUUCAACAAAAGCUUCAUAGACACGGCCAGAGUCACGGUUGAAGUAUGUAAAUCUUUUGGGGAUCGAUCAAAACCUAAGGCUUGGAGCAAGCAUUCAGCGAAGCCCCAACUGUUAAAGGAAGCUUCUAAAAAAUCCACAAAGAGUUCAGGCCAUACAGAAGGGAAACAAGGUGCAAUAAAGAAGAAAAAGGAAGCAGGACAAUUGAAAGAGCUGGAAGGAGAAGCAGCAUUUCAGGACUUCCUGGCAGUGCAUAAGAAGCGGUCCCAGGUUGCUACUUGGUCCAAUGACAUAAAAGUGCAGGAGCCCCGCCGAGCUGAACCGGCUGAAGAUUAUCUGAACUUUGAUUCUGAUGGGUCAGAGGACGUGAGCGAGGAGGAGGAGGAGGAUGUGGAGACUGCUCAAAAGAAGGGGAAAAGCUCUCUGAGCAAGACAGCAGCCCAGCAAGAGCUCUCAGACAUGGAUUAUUUGCAAUCCAAAGUGGUGAAGGGGGAUGAGUCCUCGCCUUCCUCUGCAGAGGAGAGUGAGGCUGAGGAGAUGGACAGUGAGGCAUCUGAUGGAGGAGAGGAAGAAGAGGUGGGAGGGAAGACCAGCUGCAAGCCGAGUGCUGGUUCUAAUGCCAAGACCAAGCUGACUAGAAAGAUCAAAGUCCAGAAUCCCACGGCAGACACCAAGGUUGUAAAAACAACAGCACAGGAAAACUUAUCAGUCACAGCCAGUGAGCCUGCCAGAGCAUUCACGGUGAAGAUGCGGGGUGCCCCGUUCAAUGUCACAGAGCAAAAUGUUAGAGAAUUUCUCGUGCCACUUCGGCCCCUGGCCAUCCGGAUUGCAAGGAACGCCCACGGGAACAAGACAGGGUAUGUAUUUGUUGAUUUUAACACUGAAGAAGAAGUACAGAAAGCUCUAAAGAGGAAUCGGGAAUACAUGGGUGGUCGGUACAUCGAGCUGUUUCUAGAAGAGAGCUGCGCUAAGGCAAAACCCUCUGAGAAGGGGUCGGGCCAGGUUUGGCAGAGGACCAAAAAAGACGACGAAGAAGAAGAGGAUCUUUCGGAAUCGGGAAGGCUUUUUGUGAGGAACCUUCCCUACACGAGCACAGAAGAAGAUCUGGAGACCAUUUUCUCCAAAUAUGGGCCUCUCUCUGAGAUCCACUUCCCGAUUGAUGGCCUGACCAAGAGACCCAAAGGUUUUGCGUUUGUCACCUACAUGUUUCCUGAGCAUGCUGUGAAGGCAUUUGCAGAAGUAGAUGGACAGGUUUACCAGGGCCGAAUGCUGCACGUGUUGCCUUCUACCAUCAAGAAGGAAGAAGCUCAGAGCUCGGAUUCUGCAGGGUCUUCUUCAUACAAGAAGCAAAAGGCAUCCAGAGAUAAAGCAAACAGUUUGAGUUCACACAACUGGAACACCCUAUUCAUGGGAACAAAUGCUGUGGCAGAUGCUGUUGCGCAGAAAUACAACGCUACUAAGAGUCAAGUGCUGGAUCAU